GGUAUUGUAAUAUCCUAAAUUUUUCUAAGACCUUAGAAUUUAAGUUAGGGAUUUAUGUGGGAGAAACUAUCUUCUGCAGGGCCUAAUGGUCACAAAUUUCAAACUUAAGGGGGGUGGAGUUUAAAAAAAAGGGGGGGUGCGGGUUUCAGGAGUAUAAACUCCCGAUUUCCCCUAUUCUUCUUUUCUUCUUCUUGUUUUGAAACCCUAACCCAUCCCCCACAAUCCCUCAUCCUUCACCAACUCUCAUCACCAAUCCUGCUCCUCCAAACCCUCUCACCCACAUCUCAUAAAUCCCCUAAGUAGCAGCUCAUUGUUCCCCACUCCACCACAGUCGCGUGUCGCCUUCGGCAGCCCUGGUUUCCCUUUUUGACAAGCAGACGCUAGCCCCCCCUCAAGUUCCUGUUGUCUUUGCCUUUUGGGUUUCCAUUUUAGGAGGAACUGUCUCUCUCUCUCUCUCUAAAUUUUCUGGUUCUAAGUCACCACCAUCUCCUUGAAACCUUGAAUACUUGCUGUUGUAAGCCUACAAGAAGAGGUAAGUAAAAGUAUGGUAAUGCCUUUGGAUUUGAGGUAAAGGUUUUUGAAAACAUAUUUCCAAUGGUUUUCGAAAACAUAUUUCCAAUGGUUUUUGAAAUGGUGGCGGGACUAAACUCAUUUUAUACAAACACGAGUAUAAUUGGUUUGAAUUGAAAUAAUUAUCAUUUUCAUUAAGCAUGUCUACUUGGAAUUUACUCGAUUGCCCUGAUGAUCUGGAAAUUAUUUGUAAAUUAUGGUUUUUCCUGUUAAAUCUUGUCUGGUUUUGUCUUCAAUAUGGUCAUGUUUUACUGUACCCGCUAGUGGGAGGUUUAUAAACGCUAGCAUAUGUCGACAUGUAUUUCUAGGAACUGGUUCAUUUUGUAUUCCUACCAGUGGGAUAAUACACUGGUUACUACUGUGCUCGCCAGUGGGAGGUUUAUAAACAUUAGCUAUGACCUAUAGAGGAGACGUCUAUUAAUUCUUGUACUUGUACUAUUUUUUUUUUUUUUUUGAUACUUGGUUACACUUAUUGGCAUGCUAUAACUUUAAUUAAGGGCAAUCCAUAUUUUUACUUAUUGAGUUAUCUCAGAUAGUCUUUCCUCGUCCACCAUUUCAGGUACUAAAACCAAAGACGUGAGAAAACUGAGGGGAGUGACGAGCUAGAAGGCUAGCCAUUUGUGUUUCAGGCUUAGAUUAUCUUGGAGUUAGACUAACCACAUAUAUUUGGACUUAGCUUAUUUUGUAAUUAGGUUUGCAAAAUAAAUUUUUUUUUUUAGAUUUUUGCAAAAUUGUUGCAUGGAUUGUAGUUAUGAAUUUAAUAAGUUCCGAACCUUGUGCAUUUAUGGGAUUCUCUCACAAGUGUACGGCGUCUGUUUUGCCCUUGGAUUUGGGUUCUGGGGCGUGACAGGUAUCUUGGAGUA